AUGUCUGUCUCGCGUCCUGACGAUGACCAGUCCUUCUUUACCAGGGAGCGUGAGCGUCUGUCGCGGGAGAUCGCCAUCUCCCUCGAGUCUCUUCUCUCCUCCACCAACGGUCUCAAUCGACAUCUGGAAGAAGCCCUCGGCAUGACGAAGGAAUACGACACCGUCGCUGCCCUAUGGGGUGCUUUCCAUGAGAUGAUGCGAGGGCCUAAUGCCGGCGAUGUGACCGCGACAAGCGAAGAUGCACCUGUGGCGGGCAUUCCGGGUACAGGUGGGCAUCACGUUGCUGUCACCACGCCUGCGGCGAAAGAGAAGAAGAGGGAGGAAGAGGAGUGA